AUGUCCAAGUCCCGCAAUAUCACAGACUACUUCAAAAGGCCCGACUUUUCCGCUGUCCGAGACCCAGAUGAGGAGACGACGGAGGACUGCCAGGUGAGGCGUGCAGAGUCGGAGGCCUUGCCGCAGACAAAGCCAACGCCUUUGUUUGCCUCCUUUGCAGACUCAGUGGGCUCAGCGUCUCGCCAGUCAAGCCUUCCCGUUGGAAGCAGCUUUGCGGGGCGGUCUUCCUUUGAUGGAAGCACCUCCCUCUCCCAACGGGUAGUCAGGAACGGCAGGGAGGUCGUCAUCAGUUCUGACGGAGAAUACACCGACGCCGAAUCGCUAGAAGACCCUGAAGAUCUGUUCAGAAUCCUUGAUACUACUGCUACUUCCACUACUACUAAAGUGCAGCAGGAAAAGGAAGAAGAGAUGCCUCCCAGAAAGACGGGGAAACCCUCCAAAUUCUCAAGCUCCAGCAUCGAUAAACUGCCGAAAUACAAAUUCACCCUCGACUCUCUCGUCACCCACACGGUAGACGAUAACGAGACCGAGGCCGGGGUUUCCAAGGUCAGAGCUGCGUACGAUGCCGCCGAGAAGGAGAGCGCCGCUGCCAGAGAAAACGGUGGGCGUCUGCGCGAGACCCUGUUGGCGUCGGCGUUGGGAACGGGCGACAAGAACGACGAUGCCUCAGAUAUCCAGCGUCUGCUCCAUGCAGUCCGACGAACAGAGGCCCUAGACCAAGACAAGGCGUGGUACUUCUUCAAGCAGGGCGUAUCGUCGUCGUCGCCGUCCCACCCGCUCCCGCCCAAGUUCCCCGCUUCCAAGGUCUCUGCGAGGACAUACGAAGCCGUUCUGCGAGACCCGACCACCCGCGCACGAGCGUUUCAGUCCGGCACCCUUGACGUCGCAUUGGCAAGACAUAUGCUACCCGAAGAGGUGGUCCUCUGGAUAUUUCAGUCUGCUUCCUCCGAACAGCGUGAUGACCUGAGGCAUGCCUAUUGCCGGGCGUUUAAGGUUACCUCGCUGAUCCUACCGAAACAUAUCGAUACCCUCUUCGAAACUCUUGGUGCAACUUCUGACUCCCUCGACCUUUCCAAGCCGUUAAUUCCAGCUUCGUCAGAGACAGGAAGUCUCGGCCACAAGGAAUUCCAAACCCAAUCAUUGCUACUAUCUUCCUUGGAUCUUCUCCGCGGUACUGCCGAUCGAUUCGCCCGCCGGACUCGAGUCCAUAUCUUACUUAUCCUCUUUCGACUGGCUAUCGACAUAUCCAUCACUAGCAACAGCAUUGUAUGUUCUGAGCUCGAAGGAACCAUCACCGCCUUGUUAGAAAGCGGGCUCAAGCCAGACGCAGAAAAUAUGGCGCGGCAGAUCUCGCAGGCAGUCUAUGAUACUGUCAACGACGCAGAAUUCCAAGCUCGCUUGCUCCGCCACAUUCUGCCGACGUCCGACUGGAUCGCCCUAUUACGGUGCCGUCUUGCCGUCUCCUUCCUUCUCCGCGAUCCGGCGCCCCUCACCGAGGCGCCGGAGGCCGUUCUUGAUUUGAACCGAAUCACUGCCGUGCUGAAAGAGAAACGGUUCGAUGUCAAGGCCUUCAAAGCCAAGGACCAGGGCGAGUAUGAUUUUGGUGAGCUGGGCGCCAUCACCGUCCUGCUCAAUAUCGCCAUCGACUCAAGCUGGGCCAAACUGAGAGCGGGGGCAGAAGGCGAAACCAACCGCGAGUAUAACGCUGCAGUCGACGCUCUGGCCGACCGAAUCAAGAAGAUCUUCACCUCCAUCGCGGACUCGGGGGCCUCGCACCUCCGCCGCACGCAGGCCAAAGAGGCCCUCGAGGCUCUGCACUACCGGACUGUGUACUCCAUUCGGUCGAAGCCGCCACCGAAAAAGACCCUGUUUGGACCGAAAAAUGACCAGGACUGGGAGGAUAUCGAGAAAAGCCGGGCUGCUUUCGCCCAGUUUACAAAAGGGCGUACCAAAGCGGAGAUUGCAAUUCGACCUCACGACCCAUCUUGA